GAAGGGCACUUUUGAUUUUUUCCCAUCGAGGCAUCGAUGCUUCUGAGACCCCGAAGUGUGUAUCCUGCGACUCCUUGAUACAUCGUGAAACCAGUCUUCAAGCAACUCAUCGUCUCUCAGACAGAACCUCCAAGCUCCAUCUCCAUGAAACCCGGCACCCCGCUCCUGCGGACUGUUGACCUCGCAUAAAUACCAAGAACUUGAGUGGGACCCCCAGCUCUUUGGUCGAUACCCUUCAGUUCCACUAUCAACGCUGGACGGCUCAACACCAUGGUCAACACUCAAGCUAACCCGAUAUCUGGAUUAAUCGACUCCUUCGCCUCACUAGGAAAUGAACGCUGUGCGCAUCCGAUUAGAUGCCACGAAGCUAUGGUCUCCAAUGAGUUAGCACGUCUCAACAAUGCGUAUUCCUCACUCUCCGAUGGCAUCCACAACCGCCCAGACCCACUCGAAAUAUUCAACCAAGUCGAGAUGAGGACGGAGCUCUUGGAUCAACUCCGAUCAAAACGCUUCCCUAGCUUAAGACGACAAGUCAUCGCCCUUUCCACAGCACUGAUCAGCCCCACCAAUUCUCAAAACGAUCCACUUUCAAAGCUCACACUAGUCCUGAAGGUUUUGUCCAAGUUGGACGUCACCUUGGGUAAAAUCAAAUUUGCUAUAGCUUGUAUCAACCCCAGCUUGGACCCAGAAGAAGUGACUCAUGACAAGGACUUCAAAAAAGCGAAACAACUGAUAUGUUGCCGUCUGGGGAUCAUAGUAGACCUGGUCACUGGAUACGUCUGCGAAUUACUGCGAGUCUCCUGUCGUUUUAUUGAAGACUCAGGACACGCAUUUGCCAUCGAUCAACCUCAGAAGAAGGCCAAGGUACUCACGAUCACAGAUACUUUCUCGGUUUCUCUCGAUAGGGCACUCCAAUUCAUGAACAAAUCCGAAUCGGAUUUCAUGAAAGACGCAUGGCGGUCGCAUAUGGAAUCGAUCGAUGGCUCGCUCAAAAAGUUUCUCGAAUUCCUCCAUCGACUCGCGCCCCGAUCAAAAAACGGAAGGCGUUCAGCCGGUAAUCCACGUGCGGCUCACGCCGGAGCCCGGCGUGGGAAUGCUAGAUCCAAUAUCACUCAACCAAGCCAUCAACCUCAGACCACAAAGUCGGCGAUAGCACUCAUCAAAUUAACCAGAUUGUUCUUGGCGAAGCUAUCAAAGAUGUCGACCGACAAAGAACACUUCCGCGUGGUGACUGAACUGAAUUCCAGGGAGCUCUCUAUAUUUGCUGGACUGACGACGAUGGUUUCUGGGUGUAUUGAGAAGCUCGUCGAGGGUCUGUGCGGGGUUAUUGGUGGAGAUGAGUUCGAAGAUAUUAUGACGGUCCAUGGUUCAAUCUCUCGUCUUCAAACUGCUCCUAAAAUGAUCACCACGAUCGUGAACCACAUUUUCGUUCCGGUGGUCCAUCAGGCCGAUCAACCUUCUCAUAAGAUGUACUACAAGGCUUGGUUCUAUCAAUGGAACAGACUUCACCAAUUGGCUGCUGAAAACUUCCUCGAUGCUUUCAUGUUCAACACUUGAUCUCUCGGAGCUUCUUUUUUUUGCCUAUUUUGUUCUUAUCCGACUUCCUCUUAACCAUCGUUUAUACUGAUAUGUCGUUGUAAAAAAACCGUUACCUCAAAACUUCACAAUCCCGAUUUGUACAUCAUUUUGGGCCAAAUCUAUUGAAUGUAAAAAGCUCGGUCAUGGAGUGCUUUCAAAUUUCUCUAACAAGGAAAGCACUGGCAGUUUC